GCGUGGGACCGAUAAUCCCCGUGAAAUCACGAUACUAAUACAAGCAUGGCCAUGAAAGAGUCGCUGCAUUUGGCCAUUUUCAAGAAAACCCUGAAGAAGCUAAACCAGGUCCAUCUUUCUCCCCCGAUCAUUUUUCUAAUCUUAGAUCGCUCCCCGUGAAAGUUGCCAUGGAUAGUGAACUUCACAGGCUUCACAUCUUCUUCCUGCCAUUCAUGGCUCAUGGCCACAUGAUACCGACUAUAGAGAUGGCCAAACUUUUCGCAACCCGAGGCAUCAAAGCCACCAUAGUCACCACUCCUCUCAACCUCACCAUUUACUCAAAGCACAUGGAGAGAAUCAAGCAGUCUGGUUUAGAUAUCAACAUCCAAAUUGUCAAGUUCCCUUCCAUGGAGGCCGGGUUGCCUGAGGGCUGCGAGAACAUAGAUGCCAUCAUUUCCAGUUCCGGCUCGAAUAGUAGAGAACUGGUGGGUAAGUUCUCUAAGGCCUUGAGCAUGCUCCGAGAACCGCUUCUGCGGCUCUUGCAAGAACACAGACCCGAUUGCCUCAUAGCAGAUAUGUUCUUUCCAUGGGCUACAGACGUUGCUACGGAGUGUGAGAUUCCUAGAAUAGUUGUUGAAGUUAUAAGUUUAUUAUCAAUGUGCGCGUCUGAAGCCAUUAGUCGAUAUGAACCCCACAAGAAAGUUUCGUCUGACUCAGAAGCUUUUAUUGUGCCUGACCUUCCUGGGGAGAUAAAGCUGACAAGGCAUCAAUUAGCUGAUAAUCUUAAACAAGAAGGUGAUUUUACCAAGUUGUUGAGAGAAGUACGUGCAUCGCAGCUAAAGUGCUUCGGAAAUGUUGUUAAUAGCUGUUAUCAACUCGAAAAAGAUUAUGCAGAUUAUUUCAGGAAUGUCAUGGGCAUGAAGGCCUGGCUUGUCGGUCCACUGUCAUUGUACAAUAAGGACGUAAAAGAUAAAACACAUAGAGGAAAGGAAGCAUCUAUUGACGAGGAUGAGUGCUUCAAAUGGCUGGACUCCAAAGAACCUAAUUCUGUCAUUUAUGUGUGUUUCGGUAGCGAGGCCCACUUUGAUUCUCAGCAGCUUAUGGAAAUUGCAUUAGGACUUGAAGCUUCUGAACAAAACUUCAUAUGGGUUGCCAGGAAAGGGAAGAAGGAAGAGCAAAAUGGAGACAAUGAUUGGCUACCGCAAGGUUUUGAGGAGAGAAUGGAAGGGAAGGGCCUGAUCAUAAGAGGAUGGGCACCCCAAGUGCCAAUACUUGAUCACGUAUCGGUUGGAGGAUUCGUGACUCACUGCGGGUGGAACUCAAUUCUGGAAGGAAUAUGUGCUGGGGUUCCUAUGGUUACGCGACCCGUGACUCAUGAACAAUUCUUAACCGAAAAGUUGGUAACUCAAGUGCUUCAGGUUGGGAUUGGUGCUGGGGUUAAACGGUGGGUUGAUAUCGGAGUUGCUGGAGAUAUCGUAAGUAGAGAUGACAUCUGCAAGGCGGUGAGGCAGAUUAUGGUGGGUGAAGAGGCCGAGGAAAUGAGAAGAAGGACAAAAGUGCUCCAGGAAAUGGCAAGAGCGGCUGUUGAAGAAGGUGGAUCAUCUUAUACAGACUUGACUUCUUUAAUUGAAGAACUGAGAUUACAUAGAGCUGCUGCUCGGGAACAGUAGUGCACAGCUAUGUUCUGCAGUAACAUCCGUUCCUUACAUGUUUUAUUAUUGCCUAUUAUGCAAUUUUUCAGAUCUAGCUACUCAUAUGUGCUUGAUUAGGAAUGGCCGAUGAAGAUCUUAUAUUUUCGCGUUGA